AUGGACAGACGCGUGCCUGAGAUCCUCGUGCCGCGCUCCAUACUUCAGCAAGCACAAGCUGCCGCUGACGCCCAGAACGAUCCCACGAGACCUACGAGACAGGAGACCCUCCUGCAAAUGACCGACCUGGUCACUCCAGAUAUGGCCGAGGACGACAUGGCUCCUCCCCCUUACGGCCAGAUUCAUGGCGAGAUCCGUAACGAGAAGAAUGGCCUGGGCAUCAGUACCAGUGUCACCGACGACGGCCGUAUCAACAUCCGUAUCAAUCAAAUCAACCGCCGUUUGUCCCAGAUCUUUACUCCUGCCCUGCGUCAACAGAUCCAGAGUGUCCAAGACAGUCGCCCGCCUCCUUCCCCCUACAUUCCCCCUUCCUUAGGAGGCGGCAAAGGAGUUACUCCACCCCCACCCUUGAAUAUCGUCAUCCAGGUCGUGGGCUCGCGCGGAGACGUGCAACCCUUCGUUGCCUUGGGAAAAGUUUUGAAAGGCACCUAUGGCCAUCGCGUACGUCUAGCGACUCAUCUCCUCUUCAAGGACUUCGUGCAGGAGAACGGCCUGGAAUUCUUCAGCAUUGGCGGCGAUCCCUCUCAGCUAAUGGCCUUCAUGGUCAAGAAUCCCAGCCUGAUGCCGGGCUUUCGCAGUGUACUAAGUGGAGACGUCAGUCAGCGAAGAAAAGAUGUUGCCGAGUACAUCCAAGGCUGCUGGCGAUCAUGUUACCAGGCUGGUGAUGGCACGAGGCUUCAUGCUACCACCGAUGACCUUUCCGAGUCCUCAGAGAACGACUCUAGCCCCCAGAAUGCAGCAAGACCCUUCGUCGCCGACUGUAUCAUCGCUAACCCCCCAAGCUUUGCCCAUAUCCACUGCGCAGAGAAGCUGGGCAUCCCUCUCCAUAUUAUGUUCACUAUGCCCUACUCUCCCACCCAGGCUUUCCCCCAUCCGCUGGCCAAUAUUCAAUCCUCCAACGCCGACCCUCAACUAACUAACUACAUAAGUUAUGCUAUGAUCGAAGUCCUCUCGUGGCAGGGCCUAGGUGAUAUCAUUAACCGGUUUCGCGCGAAGUGUCUUGGUUUAGAUCCCGUGAGUCUGAUCUGGGCUCCCGGGAUGCUCCAGCGUCUCAAAGUCCCUCACACUUACUGCUGGUCUCCGAGCAUAUUACCCAAACCGAAAGACUGGGGCCCUCAUAUAUCCAUUUCCGGGUUCUACUUUCUUAACUUGGCCUCUAAUUACACCCCUACGCCUGAUUUCCAGGCCUUUCUCGACGCUGGUCCGCCACCUGUCUACAUAGGAUUCGGGAGCAUCGUUUUGGACGAUCCCAAUGCGAUGACGGAGCUCAUCUUCGAGGCCGUGAGGAAGACUGGCCAGCGUGUCCUCCUUUCCAAGGGCUGGGGAGGCAUGGGCGCGGACGAGCUGAGUAUCCCCGACAGCGUCUUCAUGCUAGGCAACGUGCCACAUGACUGGCUUUUCAAGCACGUCUCGUGCGUCGUCCACCAUGGUGGUGCAGGAACCACAGCGGCAGGCAUUACCGCGGGUCGGCCAACCUUAGUUGUUCCGUUCUUUGGAGACCAGCCGUUCUGGGGAGCCGUUGUCGCGCGAGCAGGCGCUGGUCCCGAUCCGAUCCCUUACAGACAGCUCACAGCGGACAAACUAGCCGAUGCCAUCAACUUCUGCCUGAAACCCGACAGCCUGGAGCGUGCCAAAGAGCUCGCAAGUAAGAUUGUGGCGGAACGAGGUGGUGACAUGGGUGCUCAGUCGUUCCAUCAACAUCUCGAGCCUGACCGACUCCGUUGCACCCUUGCACCAUCUCGACCCGCUGCAUGGCGCAUCAAGCGCACCCAGGUCAGGUUGAGCGCUUUUGCUGCCUGUACUCUUGCAAAUGAGGGCCUCUUGGACUUCCAUGACCUGAAGCUCUUUAGACCACAAGAAUACUUCACCGACGAAGGUCCUUGGGAUCCAAUAUCCGGAUUUGCUGCGGGACUUUUUGGAGCAAUCAGCAGCAUGGUAAUGGGGUUAGCCGACUUUCCCUCGGAGACCUGGAGAGCGUUGCAAAUCCCGAUGGGAUCCAGCCGACAGCAGUCCCACGGCCCAACGUCCACAAUCGCAAGGAAAAGUGAGUUCUCGCGUAUUGGGGAAAGGUCGACUCCGCCGACUUCGCCAGAGCAAAGCCAGACGAGCUUGAAUGUGCAGAGAUCUCCUGCUCACAUUCGGAGUCCUUCAGACCUCUCCAUUCUGACAUCUUCGACUUCGAACAACGGAUCAAGCUCUAUGUCCAAUGCAUUGCAAGGUGAGCGGAGCGCCAAACAAGACGGCGCUAGCCGAAGGCAUGUCCGCAGCCGGGACGAAUCCGGCUCCGGCAAAGACGGUGACAUGAUGCGCCGGACUGGCGUGCACACGAGCAAAGGCUUCGGGCGUAUCGCAAAGGCGGCGCUGCAGGCACCUAUGGACGUCUCAAUGAGUAUCACCAAAGGGUUCCACAAUGCCCCUAAGCUUUGGGGAGACGAUACCGUGCGCCCCCAAGAACGAGUCGCCGGGGUCAAGUCAGGCGCCGUCGCAAUGGGGAAAGAGUUUGGCUUUGGCUUUUACGAUGGAGUUACUGGCCUAUUUACUCAGCCCUGGAAGGGCGCCCAGAAAGAGGGUACCAGCGGGUUUUUCAAAGGAAUCGGCAAAGGGAUCGGAGGUCUCGCAACCAAGCCAGGCGCCGCCCUCUUUGGUGUUCCCAGUUAUCUGAUGAAGGGGUUUCACAAAGAGGUGCAGAAGUUAUACAGCAGCAAUGUGCAGAACCACAUCGUCGCGUCCAGAACAGCUCAAGGAUACGAGGAGUGGCUGCAGAGCACCGGUGCAGAGAAGCAAGACGUCAUUGACCGGUGGAAGUUGAUCCAGAAAUACCUGAAGAAGAAACGCACGCCUGACGAGAUGGUACGAGAUGUCCUGGAAGCACAGCGGAAGAUGAAUAUGGACGACGGAGAGAUCCGCCAAAGCCGCGGGCGUACUGCGAGUCCCACUGACUCCGCCAGUGCAGAUGCGCCGAUCCUGGAUCCCGAGAGUCCCAUGCUCGCCGUCACCGUGGCUGGUUCACAGUCCUCCGAAGCAUCGCUGGGAUCGGCUGAAAUCGAUGAAUCCAAUCGACGGCCGUCAGUCCAGCAGAAGUCACGUGGAGACGUAGAAGAGGAUGCCGAGGUGGAGCGGGCGACUCGGGUGAGCGUGUCUCAGGUUCGGCGCCAACCACAGGAAGCUGCAGAUCAUCAAGCAGAUCAGGCGAAUUUGAGCGAGGCGAUCGCGGCCAGCGAAGCCGAAUCCCAGCGACACGCAAGCGAAGCCUUGGAAUAUGAGAAACAGCUGAAGCGAGCCAUGGCACAGAGUCUGAGGGAGCACAUGCAGAGGUCCAGCGCCGGUGAAGGGCCAUCGGAUAUAGGAGUUGAUGACGAAGACGAUGAUGAGUUCGAGCGGGUACCGAGAAACUCCGAAACGACGGCGGCGAAGGCGGCAGCUGUGGCAGGUCGGCGGCGAUUUUCAUACGAUCCGGGGCAUCUCUGGGGCACCACGCAAGGUGACUUCGAGGCGCAACGGGGCGACGGACAGCGAGGGGAGAAAACGACACAAGAGAGGACAGAGGAAGAUAUUGUGAUCGAAUAUGUCAAGAAGCAAAGCCUGCUGGAAGUGCACCAUCGGAACAAAGCCAAGGGCCAUGCCGCAGCGGUCGAAGACAAGGACGAUUGA